CAGCACUUCUGCUCGACGACCCGACCAUUCGACGACUAAACUCCCCUUUGUAUUACGCGACCACGACCCUACGACGCACGAAACGACCCUGGAUUUGCGCGAUAAGGCGCUCGAGCGAAGACCCCACGAGUUGUCCAGCGUGCGUUGGCCGACACAGCAUCGCCUGUUUGCGGGGCCCCUGUCUGCGUCAUUCCAAGAACCGCUCUUGGAAAUACUUAGCCAUCGAAAAGGUCGGAAUCCCGCUUGACGAUCCCCUCCGGUUUGCUCGCCAAACCAUCCCGCUCGCCUCGGAACCCGAAGAAUGAUCUCGGCCAAUUUCUGAGAGAGUUUUGUCGACAUCACAAGUGGAAGAUAGCCGGACAACGUGGACCUUGCUGUCGCCCAGUCCCCGAGGGUGGUCGAUCCUGUUGGACGCUGUCAACCAGCAGCCCGUGGCCGAAGGCCUGUCAUCCGCACAACCGGCGCGCUCUGCCGUGAAGUCGGGCGGCAGGUGCCCUGAACCCAGUCGCAAAGAUGGCGCCAGCAGGUGGUGGAAACAUCAAGGUGGUGGUGAGAGUCAGGCCGUUCAACAGUAGAGAAAUCGAUCGUGGUUCAAAAUGCAUCAUUGAGAUGAAAGACAACCAGACGAUCCUCGCCACACCUCCCGAUGCCCACACCAAGAACGCAAAGGAUGCCGGCCAAAAAGUCUUCGCCUUUGAUAGAUCAUACUGGUCGUUCGAUCGAAAGGACUCCCACUAUGCCGGUCAAGACAACCUAUUCGACGAUCUUGGCCAGCCGCUUUUGGACAACGCAUUCGGAGGUUACAACAACUGUAUUUUCGCCUACGGUCAAACCGGUUCUGGAAAGUCGUACUCCAUGAUGGGAUACGGCAAGGAGGUCGGCAUCAUCCCGAAUAUUUGCCAAGAUAUGUUUAAGAGAAUCACGGCCUUGCAGGAGGACAAGAACCUGCGAUGUACGGUGGAAGUGUCAUACCUCGAGAUCUACAAUGAGCGGGUGCGAGAUCUGCUCAACCCGUCGACCAAAGGCAACCUCAAGGUUCGCGAGCACCCUUCGACUGGACCAUACGUCGAAGACUUGGCAAAAUUGGUGGUCGGCAGCUUCCAGGAGAUUGAGCACUUGAUGGACGAGGGAAACAAGGCAAGAACUGUCGCGGCAACCAAUAUGAACGAGACAUCUAGCCGAAGUCAUGCAGUCUUUACUUUGAUGCUCACUCAAAAGAAGUUCGACCCCGAAACCAAGAUGGAGAUGGAAAAGGUCGCCAAGAUCAGUCUCGUUGAUUUGGCUGGUUCGGAAAGAGCCACAUCAACAGGCGCUACAGGCGCCCGCCUGAAGGAAGGUGCCGAGAUUAACAGGUCACUGUCCUCUCUAGGCCGUGUAAUUUCAGCGCUCGCUGAUAUCUCGACUGGAAAGAAGAAGAAGGGACCUGGCGGGCAGGUCCCCUAUCGAGACAGUGUUCUGACUUGGCUGCUCAAAGAUUCAUUAGGUGGUAACAGCAUGACUGCCAUGAUUGCAGCCAUCAGUCCAGCAGACAUCAACUACGACGAAACUCUCAGUACACUACGAUAUGCUGAUUCGGCUAAGCGAAUCAAGAACCACGCGGUCGUCAACGAAGACGCCAACGCUCGUAUGAUCAGAGAACUCAAGGAAGAGCUUGCCCUCUUGAGGAAUCAACUAGGGGGCGGCGGCGGCGGCGGAACAGCAGGUGCCGCCGGAGGAGCAGCCGGCGGCGUUGUCACGUCCGAGGAAGUCUAUCCGGAAGGCACGCCUCUAGAGAAGCAAUUUGUGUCCAUCACAUCGAGCGACGGCGCCGUGAAGAAAGUCUCUAAGGCCGAGAUUGCUGAGCAGCUUAACCAGAGCGAGAAGCUGCUCACAGACCUGAACCAGACGUGGGAGCAGAAAUUGGCCAAAACUGAAGAGAUUCACAAGGAGCGCGAAGCCGCGCUUGAGGAGCUCGGUAUCAGCAUCGAAAAGGGCUUUAUCGGACUCUCCACGCCCAAGAAGAUGCCCCAUUUAGUCAAUCUCUCGGACGAUCCACUGCUCGCCGAAUGCCUGGUGUACAACCUCAAGCCAGGAUUAACCACUGUGGGGAAUAUGGACACGAAUGCCGACAACCAGGCGAACAUUCGCCUCAACGGGACGCGAAUAUUACAUGAUCAUUGCGCGUUCGAGAACGGACCAGAUGGUACCGUUAUGGUCAUCCCCAGCGAAGGCGCCUCUGUCAUGGUCAAUGGUAAACGGAUCGAAGAGCCUAAGCAGCUCCACUCUGGUUAUCGAGUCAUUUUGGGUGAUUUCCACAUCUUCCGUUUCAACCAUCCCAUGGAGGCCCAAAAGGAGAGAGCAGACAAGAGCCUUUUGAGACAGUCUGUCACAGCCAGCCAGCUGCAGAACCUCGAAAAGAGCAUACCUACGCCGGCAGUCAGCCCUCGGCCAGGACACGAACGGAAUUGGAGCAAGACUGGAUCGGAUAUUGGCGACAGUCGGCCGGACUCUCCGAUUCCAUUUCGCACCGGACGCGAUAACGAUUGGAGCUUUGCGAGACGCGAGGCUGCAGAGGCUAUACUCGGUACAAACCAGAACUUGGCUAGCCUUACGGACGAGGAACUCAAUGCCUUGUUCGAGGGCAUCCAAAGAGCGCGUGCUGAGCGUGUCAACGGCCGUGAGGGUGACGAUGAUGCGGAGUCAGUCACUUCAUAUCCUAUUCGAGAAAAAUACAUGUCGACUGGCACCCUUGACAACUUCUCUCUCGAUACCGCGCUCACCAUGCCCUCGACCCCCAAACAGGGGGAAGUGGACGACAAGCUCAGAGAAGUGCGAGAGGAGAUGCAAUCCCAGCUCGACCGGCAAAAAGAGGAGUAUCAAGACCAGCUCAAGACAGCUGAAGCAGCCAACGUCGAAGUGGAAGAGAUCAGAAAGGAGAAGCUGAGGAUGGAAGAAACCUUGCAGGCAAUAAAAGAAGACAUGCAGCAGCAAUUGGAGGUUCAGCGUCGCCAAUUCGAGGAAAAGCUCGAGAAAAUGGAUCCGCUAAAGAGGCCAAAGGCUAAUCCCAAGCUGUCCGACGAGGAAAUCGAAACCGCCAAGCAGGUCGUCAACCACUGGCGGACCCGACGCUACGUGCGAAUGGCCGAAGCGGUUCUACAACACGCCUCGACGUUGAAGGAAGCACAGAUCAUGAGUAACGAGCUCGACGAAGGCGUGGUUUUCCAGUUCACCGUCGUCGACCUUGGCCACUCCAUCUGUUCUACCUACGACAUGGUCUUGAACGGGUUGACAGGCGAAGGGGACGAUAUCGCUCUCGACGAGACCCAGAAGCCAUGCAUCGGCGUUCGUGUCGUCGACUACAAGAAUUGCGUUGUCCAUCUCUGGAGUCUUGAGAAGCUUCACGACCGCGUUCGCCAAAUGCGACAGAUGCACCAAUACCUCGAUCAACCCGAGUAUGCGCAGCACUUGAGCCUUGAUAAUCCCUUCAUCGAAACCUGCAUGCCGCAGUACACCCUUGUGGGAGAAGUCGACGUGCCUCUGAAGGCCGUCUUCGAGAGCAGGGUUCAGGACUUUGCGCUCGACGUUCUCUCACCACACACCUCCCACGCCAUCGGCAUGAUCAAGCUUUCUUUGGAGCCGUCACAUGCCCGAGCCCCAUCCAACACGCUAAAAUUCAACGUUGUUAUGCACGAGAUGUUGGGGUUCGCCGAGAGGGAGGGCACAGAGGUUCAUGCUCAGCUGUUCAUCCCCGGGGUGUCGGAGGAGGAUGGCAUCACAACUACGCAGAUGGUCAAGGACUUUGACGAAGGGCCGAUUCGGUUUGAGAGCGUGCAUAGUAUGAGCGUCCCUCUUUUUAGCCCGCAGAAUGUCACCCUUCGGGCAGCCAUUUUCGCCAAAGUAUCCGCCAUGCACCUGGACAAGCUGCUGAGCUGGGACGAUAUGAGAGAUGCUGUACCGGUGUCCCGAGGUAGACCCAAAGGCGCACGAAUCGCCGAGUCGCAGUUCUACACGGAGGAGAAGCAUGACCUGUUGGCAAGGAUACAGAUCCUCGAGCUCAAUGAAGAAGGAGAGUAUGCGCCUGUCGAAGUCGCGCAGACGAGCGAGAUGGAUGGCGGCACGUUCCAGCUCCACCAGGGGCUGCAGCGUCGCAUCUCCAUCAACAUCACGCACAGCUCCGGCGAUGCGUUGCCUUGGGAUGAUGCGAUGAAUCUCAGGGUGGGCAAAAUCCAGCUCCUGGACCAGGCAGGGAAGUCUCCCGACAUGACUUCCACGUCCCCGACCAUCGCUCUCAAGCUUGCCAACAAGCCCGCUUUCCGCGACAAUGCCAACGGCACCCGAAGCAUUACAAUGACCGGUCAGUGGGAUUCCAGCCUGCACAACUCCUUGUUGCUGGACAGAGUCACAGCGGAUAAGUACCGCGUUCAGAUGACGGUGGCCUGGGAAGUCAGCUCUAGCAAGUUUGCGGAACCGAUGAAGUUUGCGAUGCACGUCUGCUGUCAGAUCAUGUCGAGAUCAUGGGUGCGGCAGACGUCAAUGUUCUCCUCGUUGUGGCAAAGCGUCCGAUUUGUUCAUGCGACCAGCGCCAUUUUUACGCUGUCGAUGCGCCCUGCGCCCAUUAAGAGGAUAGGCGACCUCUGGCGGAUGAGCAGCCAGCACGAUUAUGUCAAGGGAGAAGAACAACUCACCACAUGGACUCCCCGUGGGGUUUCCCUCGUCAGCGACUUCAUCCUCGCUCGUAAGAAGAGAAGACGGAUCGCCGAGAUUGGGGCCGUGCAGACUCUGCUCAAAAAGAUCGGCCUGCCCGAACCGAAGGCCAAGCCAGCAGAGCAGGAGACCCAAGACGAGGAGGACCUACCUCCCCAGUCGACAUACCAAAAUGAUGAUGACGACCUGCUGAACGACACGCCGGAGAGCUCGCAGGUGCCAGAGGAUGAUGACCUCGUCAACGGAGACGGUCAAGAGACGCCGCAAGCCGAAGAAGAGAUAGCGACUGUUGAAGCACCGCAGGAGACAGAGAUGCCAGAGCGGGAGAGGCAGAUGCUUGGAAAAUGCAUCAAGCUCUGGCACAAGUAUCCCGAUCCACUGCUGCAGAUCCUCAGCCCAACCAACACCGAUCCCCCCACAGACGGGUCUGCGCCGGAGGCGUCGGCUCCGCCGAGCCUGAUUCCGACCAUCAUCAGAGUGCCGAAAAACCCAAAGGUGCUCAAGGGAGGCUACCUGCUCAUCCCGAACAGUAGCUCGACGAGAUGGGUCAAGCGGUUUGUCGAGUUGAGACGGCCAUAUCUUCACAUCCACUCUGUCACUGAUGGCGAUGAGGUAGCCAUUGUCAGUUUGCGAAACUCGCGUCUCGACAGCCAGCCUGGCGUCAUUGGUCUGCUGUCUGGCGAUGACGAUGACACGGGCUCCCAAACCAACGGCAGCGGCGAAGAGUUCCGUCCGAGCCACCGACGGACAGCAUCCGGACGCGUCAUCUCUACCAUAUGGACCGGCACCGGCACAGGCGGUGCGGCAAAUGGCGCGGGCGGCGGUCUGCAGAGACUGAGCGAGCGAUUACAAGCCGGCGUCUUUGCCAUCUACGGUACGGACAACACAUGGUUGUUCGCCGCGCGCAGCGAGCGUGACAAGAGGGACUGGAUCUUUCGCAUUGACCAAAGUUAUUUCUCGGGAAGCGACAGCGCAAACGGCAGCGGUGCGGGAAGCCCCGACAGAUACGACGACUCCCUUAUCGGCGGGUACUGAACCAAACCGGCAAGGCGACGCGAGGGAACAGCGACGAGUUUCUGACGAAGCUAUUUUCUUAUUUUCUUCCAGUCAAGAAUGAAUAACGUCCGUUUGGAAUCGAUGGCACCGCAUGCUUAUGCUCACAUCAUCAACCAACACAACUUUCUCUUUGUUCCGUUUGUAUAACGCACGACGACGAACUGCACUAUACCCUCUAUGAUUUGGGAAUGGGAAGCGCAAAGAACAGGAGAUAGGGUGAAGUGAAGGGGAAAGGACAGGCAGAUGACGGUCUUACUUACGGGGAAUACAAUAGAAAGGGGAACAUGCGCAGGGAGACUGAUUGGGGUUCCAAUCAAUGAUUCAAACAUCUAGACAGACAGAAAAUCUGCAUUUGGAAAGAGAAUGCCGG